AUGGAGAGACAGCUUUCAAUCCUCAGGGGGAGAAAUUCUCGCAGCAAUAGUUCCCGACCUAGCGUGAGAAACCCCCCGACGGGGCAAUGCGUUGGCUUAGACUGUAUCGUUUCCCCUUUCACGUCCUUGGUAACCUCUCUCGCAAAACGUGAGAGGGGGGUGGUUGGGUUUCGAGGUGGUGUAAUGACGUGGCUGACGGUUGUGACGCCUGCGACGCUUGUCAAAUUCGAGAGACAAUGCCGGCAUGAUGCCCCAAAUCUCACACCCGCCCUAUUCACUUCCACCGUUUAUGGGAGGCGUGGACCGGCCGGUCGAUCAUGGCCAGCACCGAUAAUGGAGGGAUGA